AUGUCAAUGUUACUCGAGCAAUGGGAGGAAUUAAAGCUUCUUUUCAUGAUGGCUAAGACUGAAGACAAAUGUUUCAUGGCGGAAAUAUUGUAUGACAUCAUGAAAUGCAGAGCUUACCAUGCAUAUUUCACGUUCUUAGAUGUUCAUCUACGACAAGUUACUAAAGUAAAUUCCCUUUUCCAAAGUGAUAAUGUCGAUCCAGCGAAACUGUUAGAAGACUUGUUUUUGCUAUUCAAAAAUAUCCUGCAAAUUAUUGUCAUACCUCGGAAGCUUGAAACUGUUACGGAUGGAGAAUAUACAUCAUUUGGUUUUCAGGAGCAUUUGAUGCAUGUAUCAGCAAUGCAUUUUGGCUACACGGUUGAAGAGGCGCUAUCGAAACUAGACAGACGUGACAAAGAAGACGUACGUGAGAGACGCAAAACCUUUCUUGUUAUUUUGUGUUCCGAAUUACAGAAAAGGUUGCCAAAACAGAUCACAUUCCUUAAAGCCAUGGUGAAGUUGUCUCCAGAAAUAGCCACUUCUCAAGUGAAACCUACAUUAGUUGACAUAUUACAAAAUGUUCAAAGGGCUGAAGUAUAA